UUAUUAUACAGUAUUGUUACCCAACCAAAGAAUAAUUCAGUUUCACAUCUACUCCACUAUUAUACUAUUUCAGUUUACAUCUCUUCACAAAAAAUAUUAGUAUCUGCUGGCACCCAACCCAAGCAAAUUUCAUUUCCCAAUCUACUAUCUAUUGCAAACUCGGGCAACUUCCUGCACGGCGGCGCGACAGGGUCGCUGCUUGACUUGGUGGGCUCUGCUGUCUUCUACACCACUGUGGCACAAACCAGGGGCUUGCCACUAGGGAUAAACGUCUCCUACCUGGAUGCUGCAUUUUCGAAUGUAGAGAUUGAUAUCGGAGCCAAGGUGCGCGCCGUAAAAGCAGUAGGAGUGGCUACUGCGGAACUGAAGAAAAAAUCUGGCAGAAUCAUCGCUCAGGCCCGCUAUUCCAAGUAUAUUGGUGCAUCUAGUAGACUGAAGGCGACCCUGCCAUGUAAGUUGUAA